ACCGCCGCCACCACACCACUCAUGCUCUCUUCUAUCACUAGAUCUCUUCAACUCAGUGAAGCGCAUUCUACUGCAUGAACCCCAAUACCCUCAGACCCCAAAGUACAUAGACCCAUAUCAUGGAAAGGUGGCUGCUUUCGCCAGUAGCGGCGGCGCACUGUGUGAAAGAGGAGAAAGCAUGCGUGGGGUGGGUGUAUGAGCAUUUGGGUGACUGUCUUUGCAACUUUAGAGACGAGCUUUCCUUCGGAUUGGGUGUGGUGAGCUUCCUCUUCUGGGGCGUCGCUGAAAUCCCUCAGAUUGUCACCAACUUUAAGACCAAGUCCAGCCAUGGCAUCUCCCUUCUUUUUCUCCUCACUUGGAUUACAGGUGACAUAUUCAAUUUCGUAGGCUGUCUUCUUGAGCCUGCAACGUUGCCAACCCAAUUGUAUACUGCUCUGCUCUAUACAGUUACUACUGUGAUACUUGUGCUCCAAAGCUUGUACUAUGAUUAUCUGUACAAUUGCUUGAAACACAAGGAUGUCAUUUCAAACCAACAGAUUGCUGAUGUGAAGAAGCCUCUUAUGCCGCAAAAAUCUGGUGUCUCGGGCAUUGCGAUACCUAGUGGCACUGGCAGAGCAUCACACAGGGUUGAGUAUUACUACAUGUCUGCACGAUCAUUGGCAGGCAGUGCAACUCCUCCGUUUAGGAGUAAUUUAUGGCCUGUUAGAAGUGGACCUCCGGCUCUGGAUACUGAAAAUGAUGUCCCUUCGGAUGAUGAAAAUGCGGAGGCAGCAUCCAAGAAUUCAGUUACCCGUGCUAAGGCUAUUCCACGAUCUGCAGGUUAUGGUGCAUUUUUGGCUACCUCAGUUAAUAUACCUCACCAAGCUAAGGCCUUAAUGUCUACAUAUGUUGCUUUCGGUGGAAGGAAAUUACUGCAGGGAAAUGACGCAGAUCACAGUGCUACUGGAGAGUGGUUGGGAUGGAUGAUGGCUGCUAUCUAUAUGAGUGGCAGAAUCCCACAGAUAUGGCUAAAUAUAAGAAGAGGGAGCGCGGAGGGAUUGAACCCAUUUAUGUUUAUCUUUGCACUUGUUGCAAAUGCCACUUAUGUGGGAAGCAUUGUUGUGAGAACAACGGAGUGGGAUAAGAUUAAACCCAACUUGCCGUGGUUGUUUGAUGCUGCUGGCUGUGUCAUGCUUGACUCAUUUAUCAUAUCACAAUACAUUUACUACAGGUAUUUCAAAAAGAUGGCCUCUGUAGAAGAGAAAUGAUAUGGAGAUUACACUGAAGAAGUGAAGUGAGAAAAUAGUGAAGAUGUUAUUUAUUCUAAUCUAAGUUGAAUUUAUAUACUAGGCUCCAAGUUAUGCUGAUUAACAUGUGUUUUGCACUCUUUUUCUCACUUGUUAGACAAAUUGUUGGAAGAGUUUCCGAUGAACAUACAAAUGCACACUGUGAGGUUGCGUAGUGUUAGACUGUUUGCCGAAGUAGAUGCUAUGCUGAAUAUUUCAAUGGUCAAGUUUAAGUGCAUGCUUUACGUGCUUGGGUGGAAUCCCACAUGGGAUAGGAGUCGUUACUAUCAUAGUUACUAUUCAUGUUGUUAUUUAGUAUCGUCAUUUCCUAGUGUGUAGCUAUUUGUUAGCAGUAGUUAUUUCCCAUUAUUUGUAUUUUGCCAAAUAUAUGUAUCAGUUUUAAUAAAAAAAGGCAGAUUUUGCUUCGGCCAAACUAUUCUUCUGAAGUUCAUCCUCUUCUUUCUG